UCCUUAGGCUGAGUCUUCGAAACCCUACUUUAUAAACAACAGAAAAACUCACUUCUAGCCCUCUCACCGGAGCCGCCUCAUUUGCUUCACGUCUUCAUUAGAAUCUCCUCUGCGAAAACCCCAUCUCCUUUUCAGGGUUUUUAGCAGUUAAGAAAAACGAAGCAUGGCCGCCACGACGGUCCCAGCAGCCGCGAGGCAGCUAUCUCCUAAAGAAGCCGACAUCCAGAUGAUGUUGGCUGCUGAGGUCCAUCUCGGUACCAAGAACUGUGAUUUCCAAAUGGAGCGUUACGUCUUUAAGCGCCGCAAUGACGGAAUCUACAUCAUCAACCUUGGCAAGACCUGGGAGAAGCUUCAGCUUGCUGCGCAUGUAAUUGUUGCUAUAGAGAACCCUCAGGACAUCAUUGUCCAAUCUGCAAGACCCUAUGGUCAGAGAGCUGUACUGAAAUUUGCACAGCACACUGGUUGUCAUGCCAUUGCUGGAAGGCACACUCCUGGUACAUUUACUAACCAACUCCAGACAUCCUUCAGUGAGCCUCGCCUUCUUAUCCUUACUGAUCCUAGGACUGACCACCAGCCUAUCAAGGAAGCAGCUCUUGGAAACAUUCCUACCAUUGCUUUUUGUGAUACCGACUCUCCAAUGCGAUAUGUUGACAUUGGCAUUCCUGCUAAUAACAAGGGAAAGCACAGCAUUGGCUGUCUUUUCUGGCUGUUAGCAAGGAUGGUUCUUCAGAUGCGUGGUACAAUUGCUCCUGGACAGAAGUGGGAUGUGAUGGUGGAUCUAUUUUUCUACAGGGAGCCUGAGGAAGCUAAACAGCAGGAAGAGGAGGAAGCAGUUGUUGCCCCUGAUUAUGGACUCCCUGCUGCUGAUUAUGGAAUGGGUGCUUUAGGAGCUGACCAAUGGCCUGCACAAAUAGGUGAUCAGUGGUCCGCUGAUGUGGUUCAGCCACCUAUUUCUGGUGUCCCUGCUGUUAACUGGAGUGAACAAGUUGCUGUUAAUGCUGAUGUUUGGGAUGCUGCAAGUGCCCCACAAAUCCCUGUUUCUGGAAUCGAUGUUUCUACUACUGCUCCCACUGUUUGGGAAUGAGAGAUUUUUCUUUUGACAAAUGUUUUUGCUAUUAAAAAUGAGCUAUUUUGAACUUCUAUCAUUAAGAUGGAAUUGUGUUUUUGGCACAGUUUAGUUAUAGUUUUCCAGACAUAAAUGUCUAGAGAUUGUUGUUAUUUGUGUUGGUAUCUUAAUUUAUGAAUUAUUUUGUUUUGUACUUUGAUGACUUGUUAUCAGAAAGUUAAUACAUGCUUUUCAAUUUUCAUUCA